GGUAGACAGGAGGACCUGAAAGAUGGCAGAGGCACCAAAAAUUGAACUAUUCAUCAAGGCAAGUGAUGAUGGUGCAGGAGUUGGCAACUGCCCAUUCUGCCAGCGCCUCUUCAUGAUUCUCUGGAUGAAAGGGGUUAAUUUCACUCUCACUACUGUGGAUAUGAAGAGAGCUCCAGAGGUUCUGAAGGACCUAGCUCCAGGUUCCCAGCCCCCUUUUCUCCUCUAUAAUGGAGAAGUGCAUACUGACACUAACAAGAUAGAGGAGUUUCUGGAGGAGACCUUGGCACCCCCAAAAUAUCCCAAACUGUGCUGUCGCUAUAAGGAGUCCAACCGUGCUGGAGAUGACAUUUUCCACAAAUUCUCAGCUUACAUCAAAAACCCCAAUCCUGGACUCAACGACAUGCUAGAAAAGAAAUUCCUAAGGAGUCUGAUGAAGCUGGAUCAGUACCUGCUUACCCCUCUUCAGCAUGAGCUGGACCAGAACCCCAAUGCAGGCCAAUCCACCCGACAGUACCUGGAUGGGGACUCCCUCACUCUCGCUGACUGUAAUCUUCUCCCCAAGCUACAUAUUGUCAAGGUUGUAUGUAGGAAAUAUCGUGACUUUGAGAUCCCUGGAGCACUCACUGGGCUGAAUAAGUACCUGGAGAGAGCCUACCAGAAGGAACAGUUUCGCAACACAUGCCCUAACGAUGCUGAGAUUCUGCUGGCCUACCACUCUGUGGCCAAAUAUCUCAACAAGAAGAACUAGAUUGAGAAUAGGGGGUAUGGGUGGGGUUUUGGUAUGGAAAUUUUCUUGGAAAGCUUUAAGACAAAAUUUAUGCAUACUAAAUGAUAUGAUGGAUUAUGCAAAAAUCUGGGAGAUGUAGGUCGAGGCAGUUUUUUGUAUAAUGUAGGCUGUGUAUUGUGAAUAUUCCCUGCCUGUUUUGUUCUGUGCCACUAGUCAU